CCCUCCCUCCCACCAUCCGCCCCUCCAGCCUCCCCCCUUGCUCGCUCCGCUCCGGCUCCCCGGCGGAGCGGCACGCUGCAGGCGGCGAUGGGGAGAGAAGCAGAGGUGGGCGCACUGCGAUGGAGACGCGGCGCGCUCUGCCAGGGGCUUGCUCUGCCCGUCUGGUGACAGCCGCCGGCUGCUGACAGCCCCCCCCCCGCCAUCCCCGCCCGGCUCGCCCCCCGAUCCCGCCGCGGGGGCCGGCGGAGCGGCGCGGAGUGGAGCGGGCGGCGGGACGUGCGGGCCUGCACCUCCCCGCAGCGGUGUCAUGCCCCUGGGCACCCCGGCCGGGAGCCGCUCGCACUGCGCCGGGACGCGGAGGUAGCGGCUCGGAGCAGCCCCCCCCGUAGCUGCCGCCCCCCACCCCCUCGCCGGGCGCCGAGGUCCCCCCCGCCGCCCCGCCGCUCCCCCGCCCCGUCGGGUCUCUCCGUCGCCGAGGGUCUCCGAGCAGCGGAGCCGGCCAGCCGGCCACCAUGGCCACCCUCCUCCGCAGCAAGCUUUCCAACGUGGCCACCUCGGUGUCCAACAAGUCCCAGGCGAAGGUGAGCGGCAUGUUCGCGAGGAUGGGCUUCCAGGCGGCCACCGACGAGGAGGCGGUGGGCUUCGCCCACUGCGACGACCUGGACAUGGAGCACCGGCAAGGGCUGCAGAUGGACAUCCUCAAGUCCGACGGCGGCGAGGAGGGGGGCGAGCCCCCCCUGGAAGGCGACAUCCACUACCAGCGGGACGGCACCGGGCCCCUGCCGCCCUCCGCCUCCAAGGAGGCGGGCGUCUGUUCGGAGCUCUCCGGGCAGGGCAAGCCCAAGAUCACGGCCUGGGAGGCGGGCUGGAACGUCACCAACGCCAUCCAGGGAAUGUUUGUUCUGGGCCUGCCCUAUGCCAUCCUUCACGGUGGAUACCUAGGACUCUUUUUAAUAAUUUUCGCUGCAGUGGUUUGCUGCUACACUGGGAAAAUCCUUAUUGCCUGUCUUUAUGAAGAGAAUGAGGAUGGGGAGAUAGUCAGGGUGAGAGACUCCUACGUGGACAUAGCAAACGCGUGCUGCGCGCCUCGCUUCCCCACCCUCGGAGGCAGAAUUGUGAACGUGGCUCAGAUCAUUGAACUGGUCAUGACCUGCAUCCUCUAUGUGGUGGUCAGUGGGAACCUGAUGUACAACAGCUUCCCCAACCUGCCCGUCUCCCAGAAGUCAUGGUCCAUCAUUGCCACGGCAGUGCUCCUGCCUUGUGCGUUCUUGAAGAACCUCAAGGCAGUCUCCAAGUUCAGCUUGCUCUGCACAUUAGCCCACUUUGUGAUCAACAUCUUGGUGAUCGCCUACUGCCUCUCCAGGGCACGUGACUGGGCCUGGGACAAAGUCAAGUUUUACAUCGAUGUAAAGAAGUUUCCUAUCUCCAUCGGCAUCAUUGUCUUCAGCUACACCUCUCAGAUCUUUCUGCCUUCCUUGGAGGGGAACAUGCAGAACCCCAAGGAGUUUCAUUGCAUGAUGAACUGGACUCACAUAGCAGCUUGCAUCCUUAAGGGACUCUUUGCCUUGGUCGCCUAUCUGACCUGGGCUGACGAGACCAAGGAAGUCAUUACAGACAACUUGCCGUCCACCAUUAGGGCAGUAGUCAACAUUUUCUUGGUGGCCAAAGCCUUGCUCUCCUACCCCUUGCCGUUCUUUGCAGCUGUGGAAGUCCUGGAGCGAUCCCUUUUCCAAGAUGGAAACAGGGCAUUCUUCCCCAACUGCUAUGGGGGUGACGGGCGGCUCAAAUCUUGGGGACUCACCCUCAGAUGUGCCCUGGUAGUUUUCACCCUGCUCAUGGCUAUCUAUGUCCCGCAUUUUGCCCUCUUGAUGGGUCUUACUGGGAGCCUCACAGGCGCAGGGCUCUGUUUCCUGCUCCCCAGUCUUUUCCACCUCAAACUCUUGUGGAGGAAGCUCUUGUGGCACCAUGUCUUCUUUGAUGUUGCCAUUUUCGUUAUAGGUGGUAUCUGCAGCGUCUCUGGGUUCAUCCACUCUUUAGAAGGCCUCAUAGAGGCCUUCAGAACCAACGCUGAAGACUAAGGAGGGGCCAGAGUCGGCUGCAGUAAGAAAAUUGCAUCGAACAUCCGCAUAGCCAAAUAAUUCUGCAUCCCUUUAAUGGAAAGAGUCAUUAUUUUCGUUACGUGCAUCCAACAAAUUCUAUGUCAUAGAAUCUGCAAAUUAAAGGAAACAAGAAGAGAUUAAAGCGUUUGCCCUGCUGUCUUUUUAAAUAAGCUAAGAGUUAAAUAUAUUUUUUUGUUAUUUAGAAUUUUUGGAAGGAAAUUAUCCAGUGCCCCACCCCUAUCUCCUCACUUGUUGCCUGAAGCUUGGAUCCCCGCGAAUGACCUGUUGGGAAACAGUCGCAGUUUUCAAUACUUCUUACAGAUAUGCAAUUCAGUGUUUCAGGAGCUGAAACACAGGUGCCGAUCCGAUGAGAUUGGGUUACUGCGCUCACAGACAGAAGCGAACCAGCCGUGGGUGCUGGGAGCAGGGACCUUCAUUUUACACUGUGUGAGAUGGAUGUAGAUGAGACCUAGAUUGUACGACCAGCCCAACAAGUCCAAGCAGCGGCUGAUGACCAGCGAUGCCAGUUACCUGCAAUGUUUACACCGUAGUCACAUAGAUGUCAGGACAGCUUAAUUCUUCCAUCCGAAUUCACACCGAGGAACGGCGCUUCCCAUCGAUUACAACGUUUUGCCUCUGGUUGAAAUCGCAGACCUGGAGUCCGCUUCUCGGUGACUUUUGUUUUGUUUUGUUUUAACAAUUGUUAUUUCUAAAUUAUGAAAAGUUAAAAAAAAAAAUUGUUGGAUUUGACGUUGUUCAGGAUACAGGAACAAAAGUACGACACAAUUCAUUCUGUGCAAUCUACCAGAUCCGUGGAGCUGUUUCCAAUGUAUGUGUGGUGUCAUUGUGGUAAAUAAGAUGAAAAAUGUAUAUCAGAAAAAAAAAAUCUAUCUUUAACAUAUAAUGUGGUACAUAAAUAUAUCAAACAAUAAAGAGAAAACAUAGCCGA